AUGUUUCAGGGAACGCCUUUACAGGCGCAGUCCGCUGAUUCACCAGGGGUUGCAGCAAAUUGCGACCACUUUGCUCCUUUUGCUGGUAGUUAAAAAGACAGCAGUGGGAUGUCCUACAGAGUAGCUCCGCAUUCUUCCUACAAGAAAAUGUUUGGCGGGGAGCGUAACGCGACCAGGAGCAGCUACUCCAGCCGCCAGUUCUCCAGCCCACUGCGCUCCUCUCGGGUGUCCUUCGGGCUCUCCUCCGCUCCGAGCAUUUACUCUGCCAAGACCCAGAGGCUCAGGAGCAGCGCGGCCAUGCCCCGACUGGCCUCCGAGAAUCUGGACUUCUCCCUGUCCGACGCCAUCAACAACGAGUUCAUCACGAACCGCACCAACGAGAAGGUGCAGAUGCAGUCGCUCAACGACCGCUUCGCCAGCUACAUCGAGAAGGUGCGCUUCUUGGAGCAGCAGAACAAGAUCCUGCUGGCCGAGUUGGAGCAGCUGCGGGGCAAAGGCACGUCCCGGGUCGGGGAUCUGUACGAGGACGAGAUGCGGGAGCUGCGGCGCCAGGUGGACCAGCUCAGCAACGAGAAGGCUCGGGUGGAGGUGCACCGGGAUAACCUGGCCGACGACAUUGGCAGGCUGAAAGACAAGUUGCAGGAUGAAAUUUCCCAGCGGGAGGAAGCAGAAGCCAAUAUGCAGAGCUUUAGACAGGAUGUGGACAACGCUGCCCUUGCCAGACUGGACCUGGAGCGGAAGGUUGAGUCGCUCCAGGAGGAAAUUAACUUCCUCAAGAAGCUGCAUGAUGAGGAAAUGCUGGAGCUACAAAACCAAAUCCAGCAGCAGCAGCAUGUGCAGGUGGACAUGGAGGUGGCCAAGCCAGACCUGACAGCAGCUCUGAGGGACGUCCGUCUGCAGUAUGAGAACCUGGCCUCUAAAAACAUCCAGGAGUCAGAGGAUUGGUACAAAUCCAAGUUUGCUGACCUCACCGAAGCGGCAGCUCGGAAUAAUGAAGCUCUGAGAUUAGCCAAGCAGGAGGCCAACGACUACAGGCGUCAGGUUCAGGCACUAACUUGUGAGGUGGAUGCCCUGAAAGGAACUAAUGAGUCCUUGGAGCGCCAGAUGAGGGAAAUGGAAGAGAACUUUGGCCUGGAGAACGGUGGCUACCAGGACACCAUCAGCCGCCUGGAGGUGGACAUUCAUAACAUGAAGGACGAGAUGGCCCGUCACCUCCGAGAGUACCAGGACCUUCUCAAUGUGAAGAUGGCCUUGGACAUUGAGAUCGCUACUUAUAGAAAACUGCUGGAGGGAGAGGAGAGCCGGAUCUCCACCCCAUUGCCAAACUUCUCUUCUCUAAAUCUCAGAGACGGAUUGGCUGAUUCAAAACCUCAUUUUGAAACAUCAACAACGAAGAAAGUUGUCAUCAAGACCAUUGAGACCAGAGAUGGUCAGGUGAUCAAUGAGUCAACCCAGAAUCACGAGGACAUGGACUAACAGCUUCUUUGUCCAUGUCAAACAAGCAACACAAGCAAUAAGAGGAAAAACAUUUCACUGGAGUUACAAGCAAAAAAAUAAAUUAAAAAAAAUCUACGACACAAACAGAAAACAGCUUUGAAAAGUGCCUUUAUCUGUGAAGAUCCAGUGAGCCGGUUCUAGCUGACAGACUGUUAUGCUUUUUUGUUUGGUUGAGAGUGCUUGAGUCACAUUUGUCUUGACACAAUUAUGACAAUCAGCAUGCAUUUAGCAUAGCAUUUUUUUCCGAGGUUGACAAGAAAACUUUUCUUUGUAACCAAAGUAGUGUUUGAUCAACAAAGCAUGAAUCACGACAAAUCUGUAUGCUGAAGAAGUCACAAUUACCUGUGUGCAGCAAUAAAGUAUAAAGACUAA